AUGCCACAGCGGAAAUGCACAAUAGCCAUGAAAAUUCAAGCAUAUAAGAUAAGUUGUUUCACUAUGAGUGAACUAAAUCCUGCGAAGCAUGAAGCAUCUUCAGCUUUGACAGAAGUCCCUCCUGAAACAGCUCACAAUACCGUCAAGCAUGAGGAUGAUGUUUCUGACUCAAUUGUUGAAGAUGCAGAUGACCGGCCCAUUGUCCCAAUGACCUGGAGGCUUGGGUCUGUCCUGCUCAUCUGUCUGAUCAGCUUCGGAGCUUCUUGGUCUGCUCGACUGACAUCAUCACUAAAGAGCACAAUCAAGAAGGAACUAGACAUCAACAACACACAAUUUGCACUACUUGAGGCUAGUGAAGAGUUCUUGGUUACACUAUUGAUGAUGGCUUCCGGCAUUCUGACGGAUCGGAUCGGCGGUGCUGGUGCCAUGCUUUACGGAAACUUGAUCAUGACUGCAGGUGCUCUCAUCAUCGCAGGUGCCGCAACAUGCAGAUCCUUUCCACUUAUGAUCUUUGGCAAAGUCGCAGCAGCGUUGGGAGACAUUGCCACUCAAAUCGCGUAUUACAGAGUAUUUGCGGGAUGGUUUGCUCCUGGUGGAGGCUUUGGCACUACUAUAGGCCUUCAGAUUGGUAUUGCCAGAAUUGGUGGCUUUGUUGGAAGUUCCACCGCCAACGUCAUUUCCAAGAAUACUGGAAACUUCGCUUGGGUCUUUUGGAUUGGAGCAUGUGUUGCCUUCUUCACGAACCUGUGCACUCUCGUAUUCUUCUUCUUCACGAAAAUUGCACACAGGCGUUUUCGUCCCCCUCCUGAUCCGGCGACGGGUGAGCCGCUUGUUGAGAAGAACAAGAAGUUCGACCUUGACAAAAUCAUCCAAUUGCCGUGGGUCUUCUGGGCGAUUAUGCUAUUCUCAAUGGUGCAAACGAGCUGUUCCAAUAUCUACUCUCAAAACGCCACUGAGCUCGCUGAGCAUCGUUUUGGAGUAGAUGCCGUGGCUGCUGGUUGGUAUGCCUCUUUGUCGCAAUAUGCGGGCUUUUUCCUCAGUCCUUUGAUCGGAGCUGUCAUCGAUACUUAUGGCCAUCGUGUAACACAGAUGGCUAUCUGUGGCUCUGGCAUGCUGUUAUCGAUGGGGCUUAUCAACUGGGGCUCUACAGCCAGCAGCGCUGCGGCUUCAUAUGCAUUCUACGCCAUCUUCAAGACGUUCGGUCCCGUGACCAUUAUUGAAGGGAUCCGAACCAGUAUGUGGCACCAAGACGUUUUUGGUACUGCUUAUGCUGCCAAGGUGACCAUGAAUAACGCGACGAAUAUCAUCAUCCGGAUCAUUACCGGCGUCAUACAAGACGCUGACGACGGCUCUUACGACCGAGUCACCAUCGUCUACGUCUUCCUCGCUACUGCAUCUACCGUCGUUUCGUUGGCAAUGCUGAUCGGCACCUUCUGGGCUCCUGACCUGCGAAUCUUGCAAUUCUCACGAAAGCAAAGAAUCUUGCGUGGAGAUAUGAUCAAUGAUCGCAAGACGAAGAGUCAAGGGCCAACUGGUAAGAAUGCUAGAAUGAUUAGCAAGAUCUGUUUCGUUGCGCUGUUUGUGUAUGUGUUGGGCAGUUGGGCAGCCUGGAUCUGGGGAGCUGCAACGGGUCACAAUUAGACGAUUCGAGUGCUUUUGGAUAGCCAGGAAAAUAAGCCUAUUGUUUCUCCUGGUUGGGCUCAGUGUUAAUGAAUCGUGGC